AUGUCUUCAGCUAGUACUGCGGAGGACGUUGAGAAGGCUGCUUCAGGCACUGAAUAUGCGCAUCUAACCAACGAUGAAGUCAAAAGCUUCAGCUGGGAGAACAUCACUGUCACGGUCAAAGAUAGGACGUCUAAACAGCCAAUUGAUCUCCUAUCCAACGUGAGCGGCAUGAUCGAAGCCGGAGAGAUGAUGGCAUUGAUGGGUCCAAGUGGCUCUGGUAAGACGACUCUUCUCAACAUCCUCGCUCAUCGCGCCGCCAUACCCAAAGCCACCAUCCAACAAACACUUCGAGUCAACGGCGCGCCAAAAACCCUAUCCUCCUUCCGCAAACUAAGCAGCUACGUCGAGCAAGAAGACGCCCUAAUCGGUUCCCUAACCGUCCGCGAAACACUCUACUUCGCUGCUCAGCUCGCCCUCCCAAGCUCCAUCCCCCCCUCCUCCCGCAAAACCCUCAUAACCUCCCUCCUAACCUCCUUCGGCCUAACCCUCCAAUCCAACACCCUAAUCGGCACCCCCAUCCGCAAAGGCGUCUCCGGCGGCCAGAAACGGCGUGUCAGCGUCGCUAGCCAACUCAUCACGUCCCCCAGAAUCCUCUUUCUAGAUGAGCCGACCAGUGGCCUGGAUUCGGCGGCGAGCUACGAAGUCAUCAAGUUUGUACGCGAUAUAGCGAAGAAGUACAGGAUUUUGGUGGUGGCGACCGAAUUCGUCAUCGACCUCAUCAACACAGAUUUCUCACACGACAGCACCACCGCCCAGCAACGCCUCACCCACCUCCACACCUCCUGGGCUACUUCCCCUGCCGCAGCAUCCCUGACCGCCAAUAUCCGUGCCGCCGCCGAAACAGCUUCAUCUACCCCCAUCACAUCCUCUCCAACCGCCUCCAACACCCCCACUUCCGCCCUCCACACCACCCUAACCCUAACCCACCGCUCCUUCCUAAAAUCCCACCGCGACAUCGUCGCCUACGGCAUCCGCAUAGCCAUGUACCUCGGCCUCGCGAUAAUGAUGGGCACAGUCUGGCUGCGCCUCUCCCCGACCCAAUCCAACAUCCAAGCCUUCACCAACGCCAUCUUCUUCGGCGGCGCCUUCAUGUCCUUCAUGGCCGUCGCAUACAUCCCCGCGUACCUCGAAGACCUCGCCAUCUACAGCAAGGAACGCGCAAACGGACUGUACGGCCCCACGGCGUUUAUGCUGAGUAACUUUGUCGUGGGCGUGCCGUAUCUGUUCCUCAUCACCAUACUGUUCAGCGUGGUGAGUUACUGGUUAGGCAAUUUCCGGCCCGGAGCCGACGGCUUCUGGAUCCGGAUACGUUGA